GCUCAAAGGAAAGGUUGUGUGGAGUUAGUCCGUGUUUUUUUUGUAUUUAUAAAAACACAGCGAAAUGCACAAAAGUGCGCCACCUUGGCACUGCAAUUGCACAACGUCUGCCACGACAGCAGCGAUAAAUGCAGGCGUGCAAGGUAGUGAAAAAGCAGCAGCAGUUGUAUUUGCAACAAAAGUAGUGAUAAGACCUACAAUGCACGUAGCAUCAACGUUGCCAAAAACACCAACCCCCGCCUACCACAGCAACCACCAUAGCACACACUGGCUGCUGGUGUUAUUGAUGCUAGCGCUCCAACUACAGUCGACACCAGCCACGCAUAUUAGUGGCGAAUUUCACACGGCUGACUUUUUUCAGUUCCUCAGCAAGUUUGGCUUUCAGAAGGCAGACCCGCCCACGCCGCUAAGUGGGAUUUCGUAUGGAUAUAUAUAUGGCAAUGUCACUUCCCAGGAUGCAUACAGUGCCCCGGUGACGUUGGCCGUGCUGGACAAAGCAACGUUUGUGGAAUUUUAUAGCAAUCGCAGCUUCGUAAAUCGCGAACUUGCCUGCACGCGCAUGUUCUCGCAUCUGCAACGCAUUGUCUACGAUCCGGACUGCAACCCGCAGGGUAAGCGAGAUUUUCUACGCCGUGUGCCCUGUCCACGCGGCCAGCUGUGCGUCGAUGAGGAUGCUCCUUUAAAUGUGAUUGCUGGACAUCAGUUCACCUAUGUCAUCAAUUUGGAGGCGGAACCGCGCUUUUGGUAUGUGGCAUUAGUGGCCUGUUAUCGUAAUCACAGCACUUGCAAGUGGCACUCGCAUGAGCAACUGGCGCGUCAGAGCAAUCGCAGCACUGCACUUCUCACUACGCUGCAGUAUAACAUUAACUUGGUUAAUCUACAUCCCAACAACUCGGCAGCACAUCCGCUGACCUUUCAGUACUCUUAUGACCAGCAAAACCUGCUGGAAAUGUACCUCAUCUUUCUGCUCGUCUACAUUGUGCUAUUGCCCAUGCAAAUCUAUGCAGUGCGUCUGCAGAAGCAUCCGGUUACUAAACUCUUUACGCUCAGUCUGCUCAGCGAGUUUAUCAGCGAGGCUUUGAUAACAGCGCAUUUCAUACGCUAUGCGGCCAAUGGCGUGGGUGAACCCAACAUGCAGGCAGCGGGCGAUGUGCUGGACAUACUUAGUCGCAAUACCUUUAUGUUAAUACUGUUGUUGCUGGCCAAGGGCUGGGCGGUGACGCGUCAGCAAAUAAGUCGAACCGGCUGGAUUAUAUUGAUGUCAAUUUGGGUGCCAUAUUGUGCGUUCCACGUAUUUCUCUACAUCUGGGAUCGCACGGAAGUGGAUAUCAUCUCAGAUAUCGACGAGUAUCAAACCUGGCCUGGCUGGAUUGUGCUCAUACUGCGUACCUCAUUUAUGUUGUGGUUUUUGUACGAGCUGCGCAACACUAUGAAGUAUGAGCACUCCAGCAAGAAGCUGGAUUUUCUAUUGCAUCUGGGUGCCUCGAGUCUGGUUUGGUUUAUCUAUUUACCCAUUGUUGCCAUAGUGGCGUUGCAGAUAAGCCCAUUGUGGCGAUAUAAGCUGCUGCAGGGCAUUACCAACUCGGCGGACUGCAUGGCCUAUUGCGUGAUGACUGGACUGCUCUGGCCCAAUCGGGCGGGUCAGUAUCUACUGCUAGCGGGCAAUAAGUAUGCAGGCAUGGAUGAGCUGGACGAGUUCAAUGAGGCCAUACACAUAACACGCGAGCGACGUCGCAAUUCACCGCCCGAUGAUAUUUCCAUAGAUGCCAGCAGCAGCGGGGGAGUUACAAUAACGAGCAGUGGACGCGGCAUGGUUCUAUCUACUAGCAUACCACACUCGCUGAAUGGCGAUUUGCUUGAAACGGACGAUUUAGAUGCUGAAUUACUCACAGAUCUGAAUAAGAAUAGUCAUAUAGUGGCAUAGUUUUGAUUGUGAAUUAAGAGCAGCUGCACGAACGGGUUAAUUAGUAAGCUUAGUAGUCAAAUAUGUGCUAAAUGAAGUAACGCAAGAAUGUUAAUCAUACUACACACAUUACCUAUACAAUUAUAUCUACAUAGCUAUACAUACAAUUAGUUAUACAUAGAUAUAUUCCAUAUAUAGUAUAUAUAGUUUUUAGCCGCCUACAACGAACGUUAGUGAGAGUGCAAAGUGCAGAAUGUUGUGUGAUUUAUCUAUAUGCAUAUAGAUACUUGAGUAUGUAUUCGCUUGGAUUAAUAUUUAGUUUUGUUCAUCUAGCAUAUGCUUAAGUAGAGAUCGACAAACAGACAAAAACCUAAACGCUUGAGAGUUAUUUCAUAAAUUUAACAUUAUCGCGCAUAACAAAAGUAUUUUGGAAGCAACAAAAACACAAAACGAUGAAAUAAAAUGAAAUAAAAUAAA